AUGGAAGAACUUAUGAAUAUGUUAAAAAAAAUACAAAGCGAACUAGACGAACAGAAAAAUACUAUUAUUAAAAAUGGAGAAAUGGUGACAGAGCAAGUCACCCGAAACAUAAACAGCAAUUUGGACCAGAAAUUCGCAAUUUUGGAAAGCAAAUAUGAGAAUCUUAAAGACAAGUUAGAUAAUCAAGAGAAAGGGUUGUAUUUCAUCGAAAAGCAAGUAAGACAGAGAAAUAUAGUCUUCUUUGGAAUACAAGAAAACGAAACAAACUAUUUUAAUUUGGAGAAUAAUAUGAUUUACUUUAUAAAAAAGUAUUUUUCUUUGGAGUUAGAUAAAAGAGAUAUACAAGAGGCUAGAAGAAUUGGAAAAAAGGGAGACAAAGCAAGACCAAUAACCGUCACCUUCACUACGCUUGGCACAAAAAUAAACAUCCUGAAACAGAAAAAUACAUUAAAAGACUCCGGCUACUAUAUUCAGGAAGACUACCCACAGAAUAUUCUAGAAAAAAGAAGAGAACUUAAAGAACAAGUGAAGAUUGAAAGAGAGAAGGGAAACCUAGCGAUAGUAAAAUACGACAAACUGGUCUUUCUACAGAAAAACAAGGAAUCUACGACUAAGAAUAAAAGGAUGCUUUCAACAUCACCAGAAAACAACCCCAUUACCAACAAGGGGAAAGAAUCACAGGCUAGUAAGAAGAAUAAAAGCCAAACCUCGGUAGGAAGAUCUUCUAGUUUCUCGGACGGAGCUUUGAAACCAGGAAUUUUGAGUUUCUUAACCACGAAAGACUCAAACACAACAGCACAAGAUAACAUGAACAAAAAAAAUAGCAAUUAG